UCGCGCGCGACGGUGGCCGAUCAACAUACGCGGCAUACCGCCCAGCAACCAGCCGUUGAUCCUUGUUCAGGCACCCAUUUGUUUCAAUACACUCGAGUAGCUACAUCUUGGUUGAGGUUCAGCUCUUAAUUUGGGCCAUUGCAAUACGGAAGGAAGUCCUCGACAUUCAGUCCUAGGGAAGAAAGCCAGACUCGAGACAAGAUGGCAGGCUUUGGGCGUUCCAACUCUCUGAGCAUCAACACUGGCGGUGGUCUUUUUGGAAGCAAUGCUUCUGCCACGAACACGUCACAACCCGCAAGCAGCGGCGGCCUCUUUGGUUCAACUGCAGCACAGCCCGCACCAUCGGGAGGUCUGUUCGGCGGAUCGGGUCAGCCUGCACCGUCGCAGCCAGCAGCUGGAGGUCUUUUCGGCAACAUGAACAAGCCUGCGACGACCGCGCCCGCAAGCGGAGGUCUUUUCGGAGGCGCAUUGGGGGCCAGCACACAGACACAGCCAGCAGCGGGAGCAGCGCCUUCUGGAGGACUUUUUGGGGGUGGUCAGCAAGCAAAGCCUUCGCUAUUCGGAGCAUCCACACAACAACCCCCCGCGGCGUCGUCUUUGUUCGGAAACGCCAACACACAACAGAACCAGCCAGCCGCAACACCUUCGCUUUUUGGCUCGACGACACAGCAAGCACAGCCGCAGCAGACCAACUCGCUCUUCGGCGGCACGAUGAAUCCUCCACAACGGACAGGCACGCUCGGUGGCUCGACACUCGGCGGCGGUCAGAUGGGGCAAAGCACACAGGCGGUCAACAUCGGGCUGGACAGCAUACGGGGCACCACGCGCUUUAACGACCUGAGCCAGGAGCUUCAACAGCAGAUCCAGGCUUUCGAUGAAGGAAUCCAGCGCAAGAUCGGGUACUGCAACCAGAUCCGUGAGACGCUCCCCAACAGCGAAGCCGAGAUCGCGACCAUAGCACCGGACGUUGCACACAUCGAGACCUUCCUCUCCACAGUCGAGGUGGGCUUGGACAACGACUCUGCCAACAUCGCCUACCUGCGAGACCUUGUCAAGAAGGAUGCUGCAGACGCGACGCUGAGCUUCCGCGCCAUCGAGAACCAGCGCCUUCCGGCGCAAUUCCACUACAGGAACGGCACGAACCUGACCGCAUCCAGCGCGAAACCACCGGUGACCGCUGCCCUCGACGAAGACGAUCCAACAAAGCCUGUCGACCUUAUGGGCUACUUUAACCGCCGCACGGGCGACAUCGGCUGCACACUUGAAGUCUAUCAGCGACAGAUCCGUGAGAUCGAAGGGCACUUGCGCACAAUGGAGGCUGGCACAUUAGAGAAGGCACAGCAGUUGACUGGUAGCCGAAGCGCGCCGCGAGACCAGCGGCGAGAAUUGGUCGAGGCGCUGAAGGCGAUCGAAGGCGCUAUCUUGGACUCGGCCAAGAAAGUUGGACAAGUUAGAGAUGAAGUCACAAAGCAAACGUUAGGCAACGUUGGAGCCACCCUGCUAUAAAGGUAGAAACUUCAAUUACGCGACAAGAGAGUAAUGCAUGCGACUGGCGCAAUCGGCGCGUGCGAGCUGGUUAUUGGGUUUGCACAUGUACAUUGGACCCAGGUGGUAGAUACCCUGAAAUUUGAUGAGUAAGAAUCGGAAUUGCAUUUCGCGCAUGA